GAACUCGAGAAAACGCUUUAGAAAUAGCAAGCGGAGCAAGCUAGAAGUGGGGGCGGUUAUUUGGUCUUUGCAUCCGAAGUUUGUGCUUGCCUGUGGAACGUUUUGAGGUGUCUCGACGAGUGCUGUGAAGUCUGAAGCAGUUGUCAGUCACGAGACAGACAGCCUAGCAGACGGCCUUGACUUGCUGCACACCACGGUGAAGAUUGCGAGAGCGGUGAAGUCAUGGUUCAAGCGGCAAUCCUGGUGGGCUUCACGAGUUUCCUCGACUGGAGGCCUCUAGAAUUCACAAGGCCGUUGCCGGCGAUCAUGUGCUGCAGCCUCUGCGGGGUCGUGUCCAAGUCAUCUUACCUGCCUGGACAGUGUUUUCACUCCUUUUGCGGAAAGUGUCACAAACGAGUCAUCGAGAUGGACAGUCGACAAUGUCCGCUAGACGGAACCAUCGUGGAUCGUGAAUCUUCGCAGACCUUCGACUUUAACAAUAGCCUCGACGACAAAUCGGUGCGCUGUACAAACUCGCGCAACGGUUGCACCUUCGUUGGCCCAGCAUGCGAGCUGGAGAGUCACUUCGCAGGGUGCGACUUCCACGUUGUGCCUUGCCCUUCUUGCAAAACUCGCAUCCUCCGCUCUGAGAUGUGGAAUCACGCGCAAAGUACCUGCGUGUUUCGAGAGGUCAAUUCCGGUCAUACUGAAUUCAGUGAAAAUCCAGGUUCGUCAAGCGCUAUAAACGGCGCAGACUCGUUAAUGUCUGCUGUCCAAGAUAGCUCCAACCUUAUCCUCAAAUCAGUGUACGAGUGCGCGGAAGCACUGAAACGGUCCGAAUCUCUGGUGACCAACUUAAACACGAGGUCUGAAGACAUUAACCAGGUCAUCAUGAACACGCGGGACACGCUGAACGCGCUCGUUGAAGACCGUGUUCGCCGUGAGGAGUUCGACGUCUGGAACCUAGCUGUUCCCGGCUUCCAAUCUGACGACGCCUUUGCGCCUGGAUGUCCACGUAGGAACAUAUUCGUCUUCGAUAACAUUGACCAGAAGCAGGUUAGGGCAGCUGCUGCAUCCGGGUCCCUGUGCUUCGUCGCGAGAACACCCUUUGGGCAAGUUGUCGUUGAUGGUUCCCAGGUCUAUAUGCGCCAAGUAUGUAAAGUCGAGGAGGGCGUCUGCAGAUUUGAGUUCAGUAUGCUUUUUGAGGACACCGGUUGGAACACACCAAUCUCGCCGGUGCUGUUUCUGAAACUAAUAAGUCAAAGAAAUGAUAACUACUUGUACUGGCGCUAUGGAGCCAACAGUGUUAUGCCGAACGUGUGGGUGACAUUCCGUCCGUCGAAGGAGCGUUUUACGCAAUCUUUCCUCGAAAGUACAAACUACCUGGUGAAUGACAAAAUUGUUUUUGUUCUCGAGGUGGGACAAAACUCGUACUUUCAUCGUCCGAAGGGACGUGCCGCGACAUAGCGGAACCUUUCUGAAGGGGUUCAAGACACGCUUACUGCUGCGCACAGCAUUUGUUGGAGCGGAAGCGGAGGAUUACCCUCCCCCUAUGAGCUGGUCAAACAGAACACUGUGAAUGCCGUACACGGCAAACAACCCCCCCCCCCCCCCCCCCUCGAAAAAGAAACGCAUUGGUUAAAGCAAUUCUGAUUGUUGCUGCAAGAGUUAGGCUUUUUAGUGAGGACAUCAACACGUCUUUGCUCCUAACCAUAUCGGUGUCGUUUCCUCACCCUUUCUUGUUUUCGGGAGAUUGGGGAUUGAGACUAGCAGCGGUGGCCUUGACAUUCAGCAAAGCAUGUGAAUGACUGUGCAAACCCACACGAUGAGCGUCCUCCAAGCCUCUGUCCAAGGACGGAAUCAAACAAUAACCUUUCUCCCGGCAAAAAAGAAAAAAAAAAAAAGAAAAAUUGUUUUAAAGGGGACUAGGACUGGAGGAAGACCCGCAAUCCCGUACAUAAAAUGCUGUCAACUAAAAAAAAAAAGGUGUCCUGUUCGGACAGGCUUACGUCCUUGGGCAAAGUCUUGAGCGCGCUCACGACAUGAGCCUGAACGUAGUCACUCACACGUUCUGCUGGCUGGCCGUCAAGGUCUCCGCUGUUGUCAGUCCCUAACCUGCCGAAAGCCAGGAGGAGGGGAGGGCAGGGGGGAGGGGUAGCAACCGGGGUCAACGACAGCAACUAGGAGGAAAGCCAUGCUGUUUGCGUGGCUCCUGUCCUUCCUGAAAACGUACACGCGCACCCAAAACUACGUUGUUGUUGUUUUUUAAGUGGAAAGGGGGGGGGGGGGCGCUUUAUGCACAGCUAAUAAAGCGUGCCCGCUUUAUUAGCUGUGUAUAAUAGAAAGCGUGUCCUGUUUGGAGAAUGCAGUGUCGCCUUGUGCUUGUUCCCAGUAGUGGUUGCUUUCAAUUUCAGUCUUUCUUUCUAUUCCUUUCUUACGUUAUUAUGUGAAAGGCUCUAUCGGCAUUUGUUUAAUGUUAACGUUCAUGAGGUGCACAUCUGCCACACGCCCCCCCCCCCCCCCCCCCCCCCCCUCCCCCAAGACUGCCUGGCUGGUGCGUUCAAAUGUCCCCCGAGUUGAGUGAGAAAAAUAAGCAUGGUAAUUAAUAGAAUUUCUUAAAUGAAAUUAGCAAUUAUGUUGGUACGCGAGGUGCUUUAGUUUCCAAAUCCCAGGUUUCUCAGACUACAUCUGUAGCACUCAACGAUCGGUGACAGUAGAGUUCUGGGGAAGCUUCUCCCACCUCUUUCCAAUAUAGCAGUGCGAACGCUAGAGAGGAGGUUAUCGCCUCCCCAGUUAUCACUCUGCUAAAGUGAGACGAAGUGCGAGGAGCUUCCCUUAAAAUUCUUAACCUGUCACCGACUAGACUCUCAGCCUUGGCUCAUUAGGUAGUUUUCGUAGAUCGCUUCCCCCGUCCCUCGUCGUGGACGACGAAAACUCAGAAAACUCCCUAAUAGGAGUUCUCGUGCACCGCUUUUCUUCCUCCGUCAGGCUUUCCGCAACGCAGACGCCACUACUGAGCAUGCACGCUGCUAGUUUUGUCUGCUAAGUCUCGGACCUUGUAGCGUGACGGGCAGAAACGAUUUAUGAAAACUUUCUAAUGUUGCCGGCUCGAUGCACGAUCGAAAGCAGCUCGAAAUGGAUUCUUGCGGGGUGUCCUAAGUAAUCCUUGCGCUUAUUGAGUUUCAUGCAAUUGGCUGGUUCAAAUGUGUUUCUUCUCGUACUCUGAGAAACUGUCGGUAAAUACGACGUGCGAAACACUGCAAUUGAUACAAUUAAGUCUCAAACUUGUCCCAUUUCUACAUUAUUUUGCUUUAGAGAAUGUGGCCUAGCGGGUCAGGUACACCUGUCUCCUACUUCUAGUUGUUUAUACGUUGUAGAUAACGU